AUGACUGAAAGAAACAUCCCUUUCCCUGAUAUCGAGCCAUACUUAGAGUUGAAAUUAGACAAGGAUGCGUCUGAACAGCAAAUAAAGAAAGCAUAUCGCAAGUUGAUGUUACUCCAUCACCCUGACAAGACGAAAGAAGAGGGCGCCCAGGAGCAGUUCCAUAAGAUACAGUUUUCAUAUGAAAUUCUGACUAAGUUCAAAGAGCUUUACGAUAAGACUGGAUCGGUAGAGGCUUGCUUUGAUAGUACUGAUUUAAGCGACUGGAAGGAUUUGUUUGACGUGGAUGUCGUGAUCAACCGCGUCACCAUCGAAGAGGACAAGAAGCUCUACAGGGGAAGUGAGGACGAGACUCAAGACGUAAUCGAGUCGUGGAUGAACAAUGCGGAAUUCAAGGCUCGCAAAAGGUUUCGGCCAGAUGAGGACCAAUUCAGCCUGCUUUUCCAAGAAGUGCCACAUCUCGAGCUUACUACAGAGGAUGAGGACCAUAUAUUUGUCAAAGUUUCUGAACUACUGGCAAGCGGUUUAAUCGAAGAUACCAAUCAGAGUUUCAGCCGUUGGAAACAGAAUCGAAAGAAGUUUCUUCGCACACUUCAGAAAAGUAUCGCCAAGGAAGAGGCCUUGGCCGAAAAAAUGCUCUCCAAGAUGGACGCUGCCAAGCGACCUCAAAGCGAAGCUCACUUGCAGCAGCUCAUUCGCAAAAAGAACAAGAACACUUGGGAUUCGCUAAUAUCAAAAUUGGAAAAAGAGGCCACGGGCAAGAAGCGCACACAUGCAGAACUUGAUGAUGAGGAGUUUGAAAGAAUCCAAAAAAAAUUGACUCGCAAGAAACACAAGUAG